AUGAGGUUUAUACUUGAUGGUCGCCACGAGAGGUAUCGUCGAUUUAGAAGUCUUUGGAGAGGCUUUGCAAGACACUGCAACCGGUUGUCGUCUCCGAAUACUAGAGAUUUGAAUCAGGGAAGAUACUUUUUGGGUAACAUGAUCUCGCAGUUCUUUGUAUUAUCGCAGAGAGGAGAUAACAUCGUUUUUCGUGAUUAUCGUGGAGAUGUUCAAAAAGGGAGUGCAGAGAUAUUCUUCCGUAAAGUAAAGUUCUGGAAAGAAGAUGGUGAAACCGAGGCUCCACCUGUCUUUAACGUGGAUGGAGUCAACUACUUUCAUGUAAAAGUGGUUGGAUUGCUGUUUGUUGCAACCACUCGAGCAAAUGUGUCACCUUCUCUUGUGUUAGAGCUUCUACAAAGAAUAGCACGUGUCACAAAAGAUUACCUUGGCAUCCUCAAUGAAGAUUCCAUAAGAAAAAACUUUGUCCUUGUGUAUGAAUUACUUGAUGAAGUUAUUGAUUUUGGUUAUGUGCAAACAACAUCAACUGAAGUUCUAAAGUCAUCUGUAUUUAAUGAGCCAAUCAUGGUUGAUUCAGCACAUAUGCCACCUCUUGGUCCUGCUGCUCUCUUUAUGCAAGGGAACAAGAGAAUGCCAGGGACAGCUGUCACGAAAUCAGUUGUGGCUAAUGAACCUGGGGAUGGCACUAUUCAAAUGAAAAGUUAUCUUUCUGGGAAUCCUGAAAUCCGAUUGGCUCUUAAUGAGGAUCUGAAUAUAGGAAGAGGUGGCAGAUCAGUUUACGACUAUGGUGGUUCUAGUGGAUCAGGAGCAGUUAUACUGGAUGAUUGCAAUUUCCAUGAAUCUGUGCAUCUUGAUAGUUUUGAUGUGGAUAGAACUUUGACUCUUGUGCCUCCUGAUGGUGAAUUUCCUGUCAUGAAUUAUCGUAUGACUCAAGAAUAUAAGCCACCUUUCCGUAUCAACACUUUGAUUGAAGAAGCAGGAUCACUUAAGGCUGAGGUGAUUUUGAAAAUACGUGCUGAGUUUCCUCAAAAUAUCACUGCGAAUACAGUUGUGGUUCAGAUGCCACUGCCAACUUAUACAUCCAGAGUUAGUUUUGAGUUGGAACCGGGAGCAGUUGGACAGAUGACUGAUUUCAAAGAGCCAAAUAAGAAACUUGAGUGGGGGUUAAAAAAGAUUGUUGGUGGAUCCGAACACACACUUCGUGCCAAAUUAACAUUUUCACAUGAAUCACAUGGUAACAUAACAAAAGAAGCUGGCCCUGUCAGCAUGACCUUCACCAUACCAAUGUACAACUGCUCAAGACUCCAGGUGAAAUACUUGCAAAUUGCUAAAAAGUCAAAAACUUAUAAUCCAUAUCGAUGGGUGAGAUAUGUCACACAAGCCAAUUCAUAUGUUGCGCGUAUAUGAUGUCUCUUUGUCUCUCUUACACUUAUUAUGUUUGUGUAACGAUAGAUUUCUCUUUAAUGUUUGAGACUUUUAAAUUACUUCAAAAAUCUUCAACGUACUAUAUGUUUUUUGAUAUAUUGAUGUUAAAAAUAUGUUCUAGAAAGUAUAUUAUUUUUAUACAUCCAUUCCACGUGCGAAUUGAGUAUGUGGCUCUAAAGAAAUUGAGUGGGAAUGGGAUGUUCGAUUUUGAGACGCAC